GUCUUUGAUCACGUGGUCCCAAAGCCGGCGCCGUCGUUCACGUGAUCCUAAAGACGGCGUCGCCGUACCAUGUGACUGACACCGAGUGAAGCGGCAAGAUGGCAGCCGUGGAGGGGCCUAUUCAGAGGCUGAGUUACAGUCACAAGAAGUUCAGAGCCUUACUUAAGAAAGAAAAACGUAAGCGAAAGCGUCAGGCAGCGGCCAAACAGAGAGACGAAGAACUAGUUUGUGAAGAUGAGGUAGAAGAGGCAGAAGAGCCUGAAGAAGAGUUGGAGGCUGAAAGGGAGCGUUUGCAUUUAGAAUGGUUGGAGAAAGAAAAGAAGGCACAGGAGGAGUUCCAACUAAAAAAGGAAAAGGAAGCAGCAGCACAGAAAAGGCAGGAAGAGGAGGAGAGGAAAAUCCGCGAAGAAUGGGAACAGCAGCAGAUGAGAGAAAAGGAGGAAGUGGAGCACAAACGUCAGGAGCGAAGAGAACGAGAGGAAGCUGUUCAGAAAAUGCUGGAUCAGGCGGAAAGUCAGAUUGAGAAUGGUGGCAUGUGGCAUAAUCCAGAAGCACCAGAAGAUUAUGGAACAGAAAAGGAUAAGUCAUAUUGUCCAUUCUUUCUUAAGACUGGGUCUUGCAGAUUUGGUGAUAGAUGCUCUCGUAAACAUGUUUACCCAGCAUCAAGUCAGACUCUUCUUAUCAGAGCCAUGUUUAUUACUUUUGGCAUGGAGGAAAGUAGGCGAGACGACUAUGAUACUGAUUCUGGUCUUGAGCAUAGUGAAGAGGACAUUUACCAGCAGUUUAUAGAUUUCUAUGAAGAUGUGUUGCCUGAAUUUAAGAGCAUUGGAAAAGUUAUACAAUUCAAGGUCAGUUGCAAUUAUGAGCCACACCUUAGAGGAAAUGUAUAUGUUCAGUAUCAAAAAGAGGAGGAAUGCCAGCAGGCCUUUGCAUUAUUCAAUGGGCGUUGGUACGCAGGCAAACAGUUGCAGUGUGAAUUCUCACCAGUAACCCGAUGGAAAACAGCAAUAUGUGGACUUUACGAAAGGCGCAAGUGCCCUAGAGGCAAACACUGCAAUUUCCUUCACGUGUUCAGGAAUCCUAACAGUGAAUUUUGGGAGGCUGAUCGAGAUCUUUGUAUGUCACCGGAUCGCAGGAAGUUCCAUUCUAACAAGUAUUCUGAGAGGCGAGAACGAAUCAGCCAUCGUUAUGAUAAUCACAGUGGAUCCAGGAGGAAGUAUAGUUGUAGUCCAGACAAAAAGCAGAGGAGGUCUGGAGAGCCUGAAAGGAAAAGGAAGAGAAGUAGAAGCAGAGAUAGGAGAUGGUUGCAGAGGUCCAGGAGUAGGAGCCAGGACAGAAAACGGUCCCGAAGCAGAGAGAGGUAUCGCAGAAGCUGGAGUAAAGAAGUUCGCAAAUCACAGAGGUCCCGGAGCAGAAGUCAAGACCGAAGGAGGUCCAAAAGUAGAGAGAGGUGUCGGUAUAGGUCAAGGAGCAGGAGCCUAGAUCAGUCAUUGAGCAGAAGUCGGUCUAGAUCCAGGAGCAAUAGUCAAGACCAGUCCAAUAUCAAGGACCCAGAGACAGAGAGAUCACGGUCAAGAAGUCGAAGUCCUUAUCAUGGUUGGAACAAGAAAAGCAAGAGGGAAUCAGAAAGCAAAGAGAAAAGAAGUAAAAAGAAAACAAAGAAAGGUAAAAAAAACAAGCAUAAGUCUGAAACCAAAUCAAAAGACUCCAAAACAAAAAGACUAGAAUGUGAUCACAGACACUUGCCAGCUAGUUCAAUAGUAAAGGAUACACAAGUCACUUCAGAUCAUCCUGAUCUGAGAAGCUUCUCUACAUCCCCUAGUGCAAAGAGCUCUGAAAGUGAUACCACAACACCUGCCAAAGUGGAUGAAACAAUUGAAGCAGAAACAGUUGAUGAACGAAGGUGAAGUGCUGCAAGAUGCUUUGUCUUUGGCUCCCAUAGAAACACUGCAAAGCCAAAGAGAAAUUAAGGGACUGCUCUCCUGUUGUAGGAUUGGAAAGACUGGUUGGAAAUGCAUGCUGUUCGCAUUUGGGAGUAUCCUGAAAGAAUGCAGAAUCCUUUGUAUUUUGGGAGUUAAGAUCAGUUUUGCACUAGUUUUGUUGCACAUGUUGAGCAACUGUAAUAGUGUGCUAUCAUUGCAAUUUCAGAAUGAGAUGAAACUUCUGUACUGUACAUGACACUGUACUUCUGUCACGUGCCAGAUUUGCCUGCUUGAACCAGUACUGGGACCGUGGCUGAUGGAAUGUAAAUUUAAAUGCAGUUGUUAAAUUAUAAAUGUUACAUUUUAGUCAGUUUCUUGUAUAUAUGGAUUUGUAAAGGAAGCUUACUGUCUUGUUUAUGAAGUUAGGACAUGUGUAGCAACUGAAGCUGGCCUUUAUUUCAAUAGUAAAUUAUCAAUGUGGAUUACAUAGCCAGCAUACACUUCCCUAUUUUUCUCAUUCAAUAUCUGUUUUGCUUACAAAUAUCCCACAGCAUGCUCAGUAUUUUUUAUUUGGAGGUAGUGUGUGGAAACAGGCCCUUCCAGCCCACUGAGCUAUGCUGCCCAUCAGCCCACAGCCUAAUCACAGGGCAAUUUAUAAUGGCUGACUAACCUAACCAGUCUUCCUUUGAACUGUGGGUGGAAACCUGUGCGCUUCAUGUAUGAGCUUUCUUGGAGGAUGCUGGAACUGAACUCCGAACUUUAAUACCCCAAACUGUGCUAACAGCUAUAGAAUUAACUUUUAUGCCAUUCUGUAAAUUUUAAAUCUAAUACCAGAACUCAAUAAAAUUGAAUUUACAAGAUUUUAUUUAUCCCAGAGCAAUUGUGACAUGCAAUAUUGGGUAAAAACUGUAGUCUGAGAAAAGAUGCAAUUACAGAAUAUAAGCAAAGACAGCAUAGGUUUUUGAAAAGAAAAUCAUGCUUAACAAAUUCACUAGAUUCUUUGGUGAUGUUCAAGUAAGAAACAAUGAAGUUAGAGUGGGCAAAUAUAUGGUAAGUGGUUAACAUGGAAGAAUAUGGGGUUAUAAACCUUAGUUGUAAAAUACAGAGAGUACCUGAGUGUUGGUGAAGAAGGAAGAUCCAAUGAGACCAGGGUGUCUUGUACACUAAUCAAUGAAAACAGAUAGGACAGCCAAUGCUCCAUUGUCUUCUAUCAAAAGACUAAGUUUAAAGCAAGAUCUUGGUAUGCCCAAUCUUGAAAAUGUAUGCACAGUCUUGAUCUUGUCAUAAAGAGACACAAGACUAAUACAUAGCAUGAUGACAUUAACCCAAAGGGAAACUGAACAGAUAGUACAGUCGGCCCUCCUUAUCCGUGGGGGAUUGGUUCUGGGACCCCCCCACGGAUACCAAAAUUCACGGAUGCUCAAGUCCCUUAUUUAACAUGUCUCCGUGCAGUGGACAUUAGGACCAGGCGGCGCAGCUCUGAAUCCGCCGUGUUUCUGUUCACAAAAAUAAUCACGAUCGAAAAUAAGGUGUUAGUAAUAAAGCGAUCGGAACAAUUUUAAUGGAGCAUGUGAAAGGCCUUGCCCUGAUAAAAGCUACAAUUAUUACUAAGCAACGCAGUGGUUAAAUUAUUGAAAUACGUAUGUUUCUUAAGUGUUUUAUAUGCAUAGAAAGGUAAAAUAUGUACUAUAUACUAAGAAAAAACAUUUGACUGUCACUAAAUAAUACCGGAUGUACCUGUUCCGACCCCAAAUCCGACUUGGACGGACUCAGGAACAGAACUCAUUCAUAACCCAGGGACCGCCUGUACUUUUAAGUCAUUUCUAGAUUACUUAUAAUACCUAAUACAAUGUAAAUGCUAUGUAAAUAUAUGUUAUAGGGAAUAAUGACAAGAAAAAAAUAGUCUGUACAUGCUCAAGCAACAAGUUCUGGAGAGAGAACUUCCAGGUUUUCCCAAUCUGUGGUUUGUUGAAUCCCAAUUGUAUUCCCAAUGCAAACAAAAUGGAUACCAAGAUAAUCUUUAACUCUAAAUGUAUUUAAUGAUAUUCUAGUGUGUGCAGCAGAAUGGAAGAGUUAAAAGUAUUGGACUCACAAAGGUGGACAAAGGGGCAGUAGGAAAACCCUAGAAACAACAGGUCAGUGUUGGGGAACUGGUAAAAGAUUGAGGGACAGGCAAACAGUUAAUGAUGUGGAAUGAUCUAUGCUGUAUGUUUGAUUCCAUAAUUAUUAAUUCUUUUUGCAUAUGGAAUUACCAAUACUCAUCAACCCAAUUCAGUUCUACCUAUGGUGCUGUGUGGAGUUUGCAUGUUCGCCUUAAUGUUAGCUUGGGUUUCUUCCAGGCACACUGGUGUUGCCUCAGGCCAAAGAUGUGCAUGUUGCAAAGUUAGUUGGGUUCUAGAAAUUGCCCCUAGUGUGCAUUUACUUUUUUGGGGUGGGGAGAAGAUAUUGGUAAAGUGUUAAAAGCAAUAUAGAGAGAAUAAAUAAAUGCAUUAUAGAAUUGGUGAAAAAGGUAAUACAGUGCAUCUGUAGUAUUUCAAUAACCCUUAUAAGCAAUUUUUCAUUCCAGGCUGUUGAUGAACAUUUGCUGAAAAAUAAAGAAAAUGCUGAUAAUAGACCUGUA